AUGGCCCAACAACCAAAGACCACUACGACUGCAGCUACAGCUACAACUACUACUACCCCAAAACAAGGCUCUGCUGUUCGUGGGGCAUCCUUGCUAAUCGUCCUCCAGAUCGCGUCGCGCGCCGUCACUUUCAUAGCCAACCAACUCCUACUUCGUUUCCUCACAGCUCAACUACUUGGUGUUUCGACUCAGCUCGAAGUCUAUUAUCUAUCCGUCCUAUUCUUUGCUCGAGAGUCUUUACGCGUAGCUAUCCAGAGACAAGAGAGUCCCUCAACCUCCUCUGGUGUCGACAAUGAUAAAUCCAAUGCAAGGGAUAGCCAGUCGGUGGUCAAUAUUGCGCACCUCUCCCUCGUGCUAGGCUUGGGUACAUCGGUUGGACUUGGCUGGGCAUAUAUUCGCUAUGUAGACUCUGCUACUGCUGAGACACCAUACCUCGAUGUUGCUCUUCGUAUAUAUGGGUUGGCAGCUAUCGUCGAACUACUCUCCGAACCCGCAUUCGUUAUUCUACAAUACCGACUACGCUUUGGACCUCGAGCCGCCGCCGAAUCGAUUGCCACUUUCUUUCGAUGUCUCGUUACGUUCGGAGCUGCCAAUUGGGCUUGGAGGAAGGGUUUAGAGUUUGGUGUAUUGCCGUUCGCGUUGGGACAGCUGGCUUAUGGAGUUGGACUCCUCGCCGUAUAUACAUGGUACGGGGCACAAUUGGCGUCUGCUGAAGGGUUCUCUCUAUUCCUAAGAAGGAGUUCUUCACCGGAACAUAAGUCUAGCAAAGAGAAGGAUACAAGACAACCUCCCGAGACCGAAUACGUGUUCGGCUACUUCUUCAAGCCAACUCUACAACUCGCCUCUAGUCUGACAGCGCAAUCCUUCGUGAAGCAUAUUCUCACACAAGGCGAUACAUUCCUAGUCUCCAUACUGUCCGAUCCCAGGUCUCAGGGUAUUUAUGCUCUUGCCAAUAAUUACGGGAGCUUGUUGGCACGUCUGGUUUUUCAACCCAUUGAGGAGAGUAGUCGAAACUACUUUAGCAAGUUGCUCUCCUCUGCUAAAGGUUCGCCCGAAAAACAAGCGAUCGCUAAGGCACGUUCGGAUUUACAAGCCCUGCUGAAGUUCUACGUCCUCCUGAGCGUGGUCGUAGUGACGUUGGGACCAUACGGUGCUCCCUUGCUGGUCCAGAUUGUCGCGGGGCCCAAAUGGUCUGCUAGCGGAGCGGGUGCCGUAUUGGCACGAUAUUGUCUAUAUAUCCCUCUUCUAGCAAUCAACGGCGUUGCCGAAGCAUUCGUCUCGUCAGUUGCUACGGAAUCCGAAGUACAUCGUCAAAGCCUAUGGAUGGGCGCGUUUAGUUUAGCAUUUGGCAUCGCUGGCUUCGUCUCCCUUCGUGUCUUGGACCUCGGCGCGGCAGGCCUGGUAUACGCCAAUAGCAUUAAUAUGCUAUGUCGAAUCAUCUGGAGUGGAACCUUCAUCUCCCACUACUUCAGGAAUAACGGAAGUGAUUUCAGCUGGAGCGGUGUGCUUCCAAACGGGUUGGCACUAUCAACUCUUGCAACGGCUGCCUUUUGGGCUUCCGUAAUGCGGGCUGGCAUCUCCGUUGGUGAUGUCUCGCCGCACGUUUUUAAAGAUCUAAUCACUAUCAUAAUAAGAGCAAUACCAUUCGUGGCUGUCAUGUAA